AUGGAGUACUGUCAAGAGCUAGCCUCGCCAGGCUGGUUCCAGCCUACCCUCUCUGUCUUGAUCAUUAUCGGCAUCCUUGUCUCCUACUUGCCGCAGCACCUUCGCAUCAUCUCCCUAAGAAGUUCCUUUGGGAUCUCACCGUACUUCAUCCUGCUAGGUACAACUUCGGGGACAUCAGCUUUCGCUAAUAUCCUCACGUUUCCGAAGACCGCGCAAGAUGUCUCCUGUUGUCAAGAGAUUAGCGGUCUGGCCUGCUUCUCGGGCAUGCUAGGUGUAUUCCAAGUAGGAAUGCAAUGGCUAUGCUUCUUUUCUAUCCUACUGCUCUUCGUCAUCUACUUCCCUCGAGCAACUUCGCCCACUGACCCUAGUUCCCCCGUCUCAUCAGCCCCCAUCGGCCCAACUUACCGCACUGCACUAGUCAUCGCUGCAAUUUGUAUCCUCCAUGCCGUUAUCACGGUCAUAAUCUCCGCGGCGUUUGCCAUCCGCCGCCCUGAAGCCCUCUCAGCCUGGGCUAACUUCCUUGGUAUUCUCUCCGCCAUCCUCGCGUCUGUUCAAUACUUUCCUCAGAUCUACACUACCCUCCUCUUGCGCCGUGUUGGUAGCUUAAGUAUCCCCAUGAUGUGCAUCCAGACACCAGGCAGUCUGAUUUGGGCUGCGAGCUUAGCUGCGCGAGAGGGUAUACAGGGUUGGAGUGUUUGGGGUGUGUUGCUGGUCACUGCCAGUCUGCAGGGUACAUUGUUGGUGAUGGCAAUCUACUUUGAAUACUUUGGGCCUAGCAGUAAGCAGAAAGAUGGGCAGGAUGGACCGGAUGAGACGUCGAAUGGAAAUGCGCCGGGGCUGGAUGUCUCUGGGGAAGAGCCGCGACAUGUCCUGUCCGAGGAGACACCAUUACUUCACACUACAUAG